AUGCAACGGAAGACUCACUGUUUUGAGGCACGUCUUGGUUUGGCGCACACCCUAUCGUGGAUGAGGAAGAGGAGUGGAAAUACCGCAAUCGUGAAGGCCGCUGACAUUGUACUAGCUGUAUUCAGUAGCGAACACCACGCCGGUGAAGCAGUGGACGACGAGGAGCACAAAAUGAAGGGUGCCAAUCCCGUGCCGUCUCGUUGCCAAAUUCCAUGGACGGCUGGUCCUCUUAAACAGGGUAUGCUUGAACACACUGCUCAUUGUUUCUAUCAGAUUUCCCGUGUCGUUUCCUUACUGUCGUCAGAUCAACGCGGCCCAUCGUCAGUCCUGAUUCCGGAUUACAAUUUAGCCGGACCUAUUCAUGAUUUGUGCAAACGUACGGGGUCAUUAUCUCUUGACCCAACAACGCUGGCCAGGGGCCUUGCUGUAAAUAUUGCCUACGAACGUGGUUACUGCCUCACGCUGCGUGGGUCAGCAUCGCGGACAAGGAACGACGGUGUGCGACUACGGAUAAUCACGUCCAUUCGGAGUCACGUCCAAACAGAAUCACGUCCAAACGGAAUCUUCAAUCACGUCCAUUCGGAACAUCUCAAGCCCCGUUGCGCUUCCUGCGGGAGAAUCAACUUCGCCGUCUUCGGCCCAGACGAACCAGCUUGCGGUCUCGUGUCAUUCCCCUCAACCACUUGUUAUGGCGGUCUCCUCGACUCCCCGUUGGUCAUGCAUCACACAGCGCUCAAAUCGCAGGCACCACUCUCGCCUCCCCCCAUGCAACCUACGUCGACCCUGGCCUUGCCACCAACCGACGCUUUUCACGUCACACAUGCCGCGUCAUCAUCAUCCUCAUGUCUCUCUCCCAUUUUAUCUGCGCAGUGCCUCUCUCAUAUAUUAUCUGGCACAGACUCGCUGGACAGCACCGAUCCCACAUCAUCUUCUUCAUACCAAUCCACCUCGUGCCUGAAGUCUGAAGGCGUAGACCCUCUGCUCUCGCCUCUCUCUCUCCAGAUCAGUAACAUCAGACCUCGCAGUAACCGGUUGGAGUCUCUGGAAACCCUCGACAAUGACCUCAUCUCGGGGGUAUCUAUAUUACAUCGCCCUUACCCUGACGCCCAAACAUGCCACAAUGCCACGGAAAAUCCCUUUGGGUUAGCGUGUCCCUGGGCUCGCGUGGAACCCGUCGUUCUUCUACCCCCAGUGGGCAGAGGUAAGGCUUCCACUAAGAAGGGAGCGGGGAAGGCGGCCCAGAGUACAGACAACGAGAGUGCGACAGAUGCUGAUACUGGCGGUAACGUCAUUGGCAAGUCCGCACCCACUCUGGCGUCAGGUCCUCCUACCCGUAGCCGAGCCAGGAAGAUCGUUGAUCCUGUAGUCAACACCACCGUCAACGACCCACCUACUCCAGCACCUUCCCGGCCCAGUCGGGCCAAAAAAAAUAAUCCCAAGGCCGUCAAGAAAAUUCCGGUUAGUGAGUCUGAUCCCAAUGUGUCCGCGCCAAUGGUGGACAUCAACAGGUUCAUUGGGAUGGAGGAUGGCAACGAGCCCCUGGUCGACAUUGAACCCAGUCAGUCUCUGGGACGUUCCACGGAUGCGGCCAGUCAAUUGACAGCACUGCCAAGCACCGACAUUAAUCGAUUGAUGAACUUGGAUCUCAGUAACUCCAAGCCCGGCAUGGGAGAGAAGGAUGCGCCAUCUGAGAUAAAGCCCAACUCCGCCGUGGUCAAGCUCACCCAGACGAAGUCAUACCGCACGUACGGCGUCAAGCAAGUGGUCCUUGAUAUGGCUGAUCCAGACGCAACACCCACCCAGAACCUUAUCUCUCGUGGCAAUCGGUUGGUUGCUAGGACAUUGAUACUAGUCGGAUUAAGGGGGGCAGAUGUUGACGACAUUGAUAUUCAGGCUCAGGGGAAUGUCUGGGUCGAUUGGCUUUGGCCUGCCAUUGUCUGUCCAGGCCACGUUGAUUGCUGCAUCUGCAAGAGUUUCCCCGCCAGCAGCGGGCCCGUUUUCAAUCAAUUCCACUCUCAUUCCGACGCCCGACGUACCUCCGAACCAGAGUCAGGCGUUGGAGCAGAGUCAGGCGACGGAGACGAAGGAGAGCCAGGCAACGAAGAUAAGCCAGAGCACGAAGCAGAGGCAGGUCACGAAGCAGAAGGCGGCCAGGAUGCAGAGUCAAGCCAAGGCAGGGGCCAGCCUGCCCUCAUCUUCCAUGCCAAACAACGCCCUCAGGUGCAGUGCAUACCGGACGACGAGCCUGAUGCGGAGGCCAACUCGCAGAUGGAGGACCAAGGUCACGUAUAUAUAGAGUCUUCGUUGACUCCAAGUGACUACAGCCAGUCCAGGAAGGCUGAAAAGCUUCAACUUCAACAUGCUCAAAAGACUCGGGGAAUCGGCCACGACGAAAUGAACACUGAGGAGGAGGAGGCCGAUGACGAGUUGAUCAUGAAGGAAGUAGAUGAGCAGGAUUGGCGUCGUCGAAUUAAGGAGAAAAAGCCAUUGAAGAACCGUUCUCCACAGGGUGACAGAUCCAGGGGGACGGGCAGUCACGUUCGGCAUCGUUUGGUGAAGGGCAAACGACCUGCCGAAAGACCAUCACCAGACAAUAUCGAGGCACGCAAUGAAGGAGAGGAGUUCACACAGACUUUACGUCGUCUGGUGAAGAGUAAGCCACCUUCACGGACGCCUUCAGGAGACACUGAGGGAUCAGGUGUGGAGGGUGCAGGCCAAAGUCCUCAUGCACGCCCUGUCGCUAGCGCAAAGGCACUGGGAAAGAAACGUUCAAAUCCUGCGCCGAAGGAUAAGCACGGCCCUUACUCAGCUCGCGAAAUGGAUCAAGUCAAGGAGCUUGCAGACACUAUCGUGGAAUACUGCAAGAACAUGGGCCGGUGUUUCAAUAUCUCCCUUUCUCGUGAGCCAUCCUGGUGGGACGUAUGGCAGAUGUACUUGCGUCAACAGAGUUACAAUCCCCAACAGACUGCCGGUCGCCCGUGGUCUACCCAGGCCUCACAGAUGUACAAGAUCCUCACGGAGAACCUUUCAGAGGACGAGCUGGCGGACUAUCAGCAGAAUAUGCUCGUAGAGUUGGCAGAGGCUAGGCCGGAGGUUGAGCAGAACGAAUUCAAGAUGACGAAAUCGGCUCUUAAUCAAGUUCAAGACUUGGCAACGGCGUUGGGAAGGGCGGACUUGGACGUGAUCGGGGUAAUCAUUCCUCGGGAUCCUGUGGCCAACCAGGCUGCUACCAUCGUCACUGGCAAUCAUUUGCUGCAAUGCGUCAUCGAGCACAGUCAAGCGGACAUCAAGAAAUUACUUCAUGCUUUGACAACGCUCCUUAGGGGGAUGGCCUCUAAUCUUAUUGACCCAGAUACCGUGGACAUCUCGAAAUUGCUUGGAGUCGACGUGGGAACUUGGAGGCCACAAACCUAG